UAAUUCCCUCUUCAGGUAUGUUCCCGACACUUGCUAUUGCUUUCCUUUCUGAUUUCUGCAAAACCCUAGAAAAAAAUAUCUUUAUAGUGAGUCAAAGGCUCAAAGCCAUUGCAAGCUAAUAAUCGGCUAAAAUUCGAUCGCCUUAUUAUUUUGGAUCUUCCAUUCUCCUAUUUGUUUUUUUGGCAACUCCAUAGAAUAUUUUUUGAUGAUGAGGUUUUUAGGUUUUCAGGGAGAAACGAAUCAGGUUUCGUAAUGGUGACGAAUUUAGAGGUUCGGAGAAGAAGAUAAUGUUCAGAUUGGGAGAAGAGGGGUUUCUGGAUUGUAUGGGUGAAGAAUGCCAGAGCUGCGUAGUGGAGUACGUCGUGCCCGUGCUCCGGUCGUAGAUCAGGGGCGAAAGCCAAGAGGUCGAGCUGCGAAAAUAUCCGAGCCCGUGUUCGAUAAUUGUGUCAGAACUAGAGCCGCAGUCGCGAAAGAGGCUGCGAAGGCUAAAGCUGUUCGAAUCGGGGUUAAGACUCGUGCUGGAAAGCCCAGAACGAGGUUGACCGCGAGGAAUCAAGCCAAGGCUGCGGUGAUUGUGAUUUCGGAGAAGAACGGUGAUUCUGGUCGCGAUCGUGUUAAGGAACCCCGAGAAGAAGGGAAAGGGCGAGGGGGAGAUCGGAUUGGCAAUCUAGGGAACGAGGUUUUGGCCGAGAAUCGUAAGAAAGAAGCGAUGGCAGACGAUAGCGGUGGUUUGAGUGCCAACAAGGUCGGUGGGCAGGAAGAAGAAGGGAGUACCGCUCCUUUUCCUGAAAGGGUUCAGGUAGGAGGCUCCCCAAUUUAUAAGAUCGACAGGAAGUUGGGCAAAGGGGGGUUUGGUCAGGUAUUUGUGGGUCGUCGUGUAAUGGGAGGGAACGAGCGGUCAACAGGUUCUGGGCCUAUGGAGGUGGCACUUAAAUUUGAACAUAGAAGCAGCAAAGGUUGUAACUAUGGCCCUCCAUAUGAGUGGCAAGUUUACAGCUAUAUUGGUGGCAGUCAUGGAGUGCCAAAAGUACACUUCAAAGGGAGACAAGGGGAUUAUUAUAUAAUGGUCAUGGACAUGUUAGGGCCAAGCUUAUGGGAUACAUGGAAUUCUUCAGGGCAAUCGAUGUCAUCAGAAAUGGUAGCCUGCAUUGCAGUUGAGUCUAUAUCGAUCCUAGAAAAGAUGCAUUCGAAAGGUUAUGUCCAUGGAGAUGUAAAGCCUGAGAAUUUUCUACUCGGUCAACCAGCUACGGCGCAGGAAAAGAAGUUGUUUCUUGUAGAUCUUGGAUUAGCAACAAGAUGGAGAGAUAGCACUAGUGGCCAGCAUGUAGAGUACGAUCAACGGCCUGAUGUAUUCAGAGGAACUGUUCGUUAUGCUAGCGCUCAUGCCCACUUAGGAAGAACUGCAAGUAGAAGAGAUGAUCUAGAAUCUCUUGCAUAUACACUACUCUUUCUUCACCGAGGCAGGUUGCCAUGGCAAGGUUAUCAGGGUGAUAAUAAAUCAUUCCUAGUUUGCAAGAAAAAGAUGGCAACAUCACCUGAAAUGUUGUGUUGCUUCUGCCCUCCGCCUUUUAAGCAAUUUCUCGAGAUUGUGGUGAACAUGAAAUUUGAUGAAGAGCCGGACUAUUCCAAGCUAAUAUCUUUGUUUGAUGGGUUGAUUGGACCAAAUCCUGCGAUAAGGCCAAUUAAUACUGAUGGUGCUCAGAAGAUUAUCUAUCAGGUAGGUCAGAAACGGGGUAGGCUGACCAUUGAUGAAGACGAUGAUGUACUACCAAAGAAAAAGGUCCGUAUAGGAGUUCCUGCUACUCAAUGGAUUUCAGUCUACAAUGCCAGACAGCCAAUGAAACAGAGAUACCACUAUAAUGUGGCCGAUGGACGACUGGCACAGCAUGUAGAAAAAGGAAAUGAAGAUGGUUUGCUUAUAAGUUGUGUGGCUUCUUCUUCCAAUCUUUGGGCACUCAUCAUGGAUGCCGGAACUGGUUUCUCUUCCCAAGUUUAUGAGCUGUCACCAUACUUCUUACAUAAGGAAUGGAUUAUGGAGCAGUGGGAGAAGAAUUACUACAUCAGUUCAAUAGCUGGUGCUAACAAUGGAAGUUCUCUGGUCGUGAUGUCCAAAGGGACCCAGUACACUCAGCAGUCUUACAAGGUCAGUGACUCUUUCCCAUUCAAAUGGAUAAACAAGAAGUGGAGAGAAGGGUUCCAUGUGACCUCAAUGGCAACUGCUGGUAGCAGAUGGGGUGUUGUCAUGUCUCGAAAUGCUGGCUUCAGCGAUCAGGUUGUCGAGCUUGACUUUCUCUAUCCAAGUGAAGGUAUUCACAGACGUUGGGAUUGUGGUUAUCGGAUAACAUCCACAGCUGCUACUUGGGAUCAAGCUGCUCUUAUCCUAAGUGUGCCUAAGCGCAAACCUGGUGAUGAAACUCAGGAGACUUUGCGAACAUCUCAGUUUCCAAGUACUCAUGUUAAGGAAAAAUGGGCAAAGAAUCUCUAUCUGGCAUCUGUUUGCUAUGGACGUACAGUAUCUUGAGGCUUGACAUGGUCAGUUAUCACUGUUCAGCUCACAUUUGUUGUCUUGAAGUUUGAUAAAAUGGCAG